AUGCCGCCAAAGAAACGUGCAUACGUGCCAAAGACGAAAGGCUGCCAUGAGUGUUCUAAGCGACGAAUUCAUUGUGAUCGGACUGAACCUAGUUGUUACAAGUGUACCUCUAGAGGUUUGAAUUGCAGCGGCUUGGGUAUUCGACAUCGUUUUAACAAAGGCGUGGCUGCCAGGGGAAAGUGGGCUGGUAAGACGAUCGACAAAGUCUAUGAAGAAAACGAAUGGAAAGUCACAACCACCGACGAAGAUGAGCGACGAUCAUCGACAACCUCAGCUGUGACUCAGCUGGCGGAAACGGUGGCAUCCCUACCUCAUAAUGAUCAACAACCAGACGAAUUCGAAGCUGCGACACAAUCCUCAAAGCCAGGAUUCCGAGAUAUCAUUAAUAAACGAAACGGGCUAUCGGACGACCAUGCUAUCUUUUGCACUUUAUUUCUACAGGACAUCAGAGAAAACACACCAGCAUGGAAGCGGAACCUAUUUCUGACUUUCUCACAAUGUAUAUCAACCGAGAUGGUGGCUAUAGACGGUGUCCAUAAUGACUGGCGUCAUCUCCUCCUCCCUCUGGCCCAGCAAGACGAGCUGGUCAUGAACGCUGUCCUCACGGUCUCGGCAUUCCAUUUCCACAUCAACAAACUCGAAAACAGUUUUAGGCAGAGCAAGCAACAAUAUCAUGCUUUCGGUAAUAUCUCAUACGAUUCUUAUGUUCCUGACCCACAUCUGCUCCUCAGCCGAACUCUUCAAGGUCUACGGAAGAGACAAGAACUCAAUUCCCGAGACCAGAUUACACAACAUUCGGUCUUGAUCACCCUCUUACUACUGAUGACCUCUGAUCUUGUCACGGGAGGUUCGGACUUUCCGAUGCUGCUACGGAUGCUUGAGUCUGCAUUGGAUGCGAUCGGCGGUAAGGAAGGGUUGGGAACUGGUAUCCUGGCGGGAUUCAUCAUGCGAGAACUUUAUAAGAUCCGAGUAUACGCCGCUCCUCAUCUAGGCGAAGAAAUGGGUCUUCAGAUGAUCUCAUCUCAAGCUCGAACAGACCAACUGUUCGGCUGUCUCAACCACUGCCUCCAACUCUACCCCGAACACGCCCCUCUCUUUCAACAAGUCGCAGAUCUUGUCUACCAGGCCCGAGACAUCUACCUUCAGCAAGUUCUAUCCGACCAAACAACGAAUUUCUUCGACCUCGAUCCCAUCCCCGCAAAUCCAAGCUCGGUAGCUCGCGUCCAGCGAUUCAUCGAAACACUAGGACAAAUACCUCAAACUUCUCCGAUAGCACACAUUUUGAUCUGGACUACAUUUGUAGCAGCGUCCGACGCGCAGCUCCACGAACACAAGGUGUAUUUUGAGGAUGCGCUUAGGAUGCACCAUGCUCGGAGCGGGUUCGGGAAUUUGCUGAAGGGUAUUGAGGCCUUGAAGAGGAUAUGGGGAAGGAAGCCUGGUGAAAGGUGGACGACGCUUCUGCCGCUGACAAAAGUACUUGUUGCAUAA